CAGGCCAAGCCUGCGGCGAGGCGCUGCUGGAUCCGGGAGCCCACCGACGAGGAGCGACAGGCGAUGGCGGACGAGAUGAGGGCCAAGGCCGCUCAGAACAGGGACAGGGCUGCGGCCAGCGUGCGGUUCUCGAAGGACGGGGCGACCGCCGAGGAGAAGGAGGCGGAGGCCCGCCUGUUCGAGGCGAGGCUGGCCGAGGCGAGCGAGAGGCGAGAGAGGGAGGCGGCGCGGCUCGCUGGGGUGAAGGAGGAGUGCAAGGACGAGCUGCCGGACGAGCAGCCCCCGCCGCAGAGCCUGGCCGCGCCCGUGGCCGCCCCGGCCCCGGCCCCCGCGGUCAAGGAGGAGGGCCCGGACGCCGCCGGCUCCAGGAGCGACGCGGAGCAGUGGGCCGCGCUGCUGCUGGACGUGGCGAGGGCCCGGCUGGGCAAGCGGAAGGCGGUGCAGAGCGAGGAC